AUGGAGACUUUGGACACAAUCAGGAAAUGCUUGUCUGUACCCAGGAGAAUGCAGAUUUCACUCUUCUUCACCAGAUCACAGCUGGAAAGAGCACCGGCCUCCCGAGGAGCGGAGCGGCUACUGGAGAGGUCGGUGGUGGAGAGGCUGGAGCUGGAGGCGCUGCCCGGCCUGAGGCACGUCAGCUCGGCCACGGUGGAAAUGGGCUUCGGGGAGCGGCAGGAUGGCGACCGAGAGGCGGCCCCGGGCUCAGGCUCGGACCUGGUGAGCGGCGUGUACGAGGGCGGUAUGAAGGUGUGGGAGUGCACGCUGGACCUGCUCAGCUACCUGGCCGGGCGGCGGGUGGACUUCACCGGCAAGCGGGUGCUGGACCUGGGCUGCGGGGCCGGUCUGCUGGGCCUCCUGGCGCUCAGGGCUGGAGCCCGCGAGGUGCACUUCCAGGACUAUAACAGCGGCGUGAUCGAGAGGGUGACCCUGCCCAACGCCCUGCUCAAUUCGGGCACCGGCCCUUGGACACCCUCGGGGGGGGAGGAGGAGGAGGAGGAGGCCGAGCUAGCAUCAGGGGACGCCGGCAAGGAGGAGGAGGAGGGGGAGGAGGAGGCCCGGGUACCCCCGGAGGAGGAAGGGGUUGAGCGGCCUCACAAGAGGAGGAAGGCGGGGGAGCGAGGCUCUGAACCCGGGACUCUCUCCAGGUGCAGGUUCUUCUCGGGGGAGUGGAGACAGUUCGGCCGUGAGAUGCUCGCCCGCCUCGGCGGCGCUCUGAGGUACGACCUUAUCCUGACCUCCGAGACAGUUUACAACCCCCAGUACUAUGGCGCUUUACACGCCGUGCUGUCGGGGUUACUGGCCGACACGGGCACCGUUUAUCUGGCCACCAAGAGCCAUUACUUUGGGGUGGGCGGCGGCGCUCGCUUGUACCAGAGCUUCGUGGAGGAGCGAAAGGUUUUCCACGCCAGAACCGUGCAAGUUAUUGACGAGGGACUGCAGAGGUGCAUCAUUGAAAUGACUUUCAGGCGAGACACACGAUCAUCUGUCUGCCUGCAAUCCUGUGCACAGUCAGAUAUAAAGUCCAUGUAAAGGAAUGAUUUUACGUUCAGCUCUUUAACGGCGGAUAUCCAGGAUGUAUUUUUGUUUCUUACUGAUGGGGAAUAUAGGUCAAUAAUAAUAAUCCUUGCAUUUGAUAUCUUUUAU